AAACGGUGCACUUUUUCAAACGUGGAAAGCAGAUCAUCCAAAAUGUCAACCCAACCAUUGGUACUUGUGCUGUGUCUUCUUCUGGCCUCCACCUGGGCCCACGAGUUACACUCGAAGCACGAGGUCCAUCAAAAACACCACGCCAGACACGGCCUAAGAGUGCACCACUACAAGCACCACAGCAAGCACCAUGGACUGAUGCACCACGCCAGACACCUGAACGUGUCAGCAUCAGUGUCAGUCAAUGUAACCAUCAACAACGGCUUGGUGGCCAUCCUGAAUGGCUCCUCGGCCAUCGUGAUCGACGCCAACCACUCCAUCGGAGCCGUCCUCGACUUGUCCGGCAAAGUGGGCAUCGUCAUCGACCUCGCCAACAACAUCACCAAGAAAGUGGGCAACUCCUCCUUGUUACCCAAAGCCGGUGAAUCUAUUAAAGACUUGUUGUCUGGCUUGGCCAACGGAUUGAAAGAUCUUUUGGACGACGCCGCCUCCACCGUCGUCGACUUGGUCGACGAUGUAUUGAACACCGUCGCCAAAGUCCUCGGUGAUUUGUUGUGCGGAUUGUCCAUCGCCCUCAAGGACGUGAAGAGCUUGUUGAUCAACAUCUUGAACGACUUGGUUAAGUCCCUGAAGGUUAUCUUGCAAGUCGCCGGUGAUGCUGUCGAAGUUGUUGUUGGUGGAGGAAUCCUCCUGGUUGCCGGCAUUAUGAAAGCAGUGGCUGACUUGCUUGGAGCCGUUGUUGGUGGCGUAGCCGCCUUGGUUGAAGCCAAACUGAGACUCGAACUGGGCGUCAUCCUCGGCGCAGUCAACGCCGUUGACAGACUAGUUUCCAUCCUUAACUCCAUCAUCAAAUCUGGCUUGCCCCUGGACAUCUUGAAGGAUGUUUUGGGCUCAGUUGAAGGCGUCAUCAAAGUGCUCGCCGGUCUGGCCGGAGGCAUCCUGGAUGGAGCCGUCGAUGGUCUCCUGGUGGUUGCCGGUGUGGUUGUCGAAGUAGUGGAGGAAGGCGUCAGUGACGGUUUGGAAGUUGUGCACGAACUCAUCAACGUGUUGGCCGGAGCCGCCAAGGCUAUCAGCCAACCCAUCGACUUGAACUCAGCUCUGCAACCUCUGGAAGAUUUGCUGAAAGGUUUGGGAGGCGCCGCCUCUUCAGUCGUGUCCACCUUGCUGUCUGUGGUCGAAGGUUUGCUCAGCGGUGUCCUUAAAGUACUCGGAGUAGCCCUCGGUGAUGUCCUCAACCUCCUCAAGGAUGUAGUCUCUGACGUCUUGACAUUGGUGGUGAAGGUUUUGGGUCUGUUGUCCCCAGUCAUCGACGUAGCACGUUCAAUUCCUGCCCUCCUCGCCCACUUGUUGGGACUUCUGCUCAGCAACUUGGGUCACAUUCUCUUGGAUGUUCUCGUUCACGGUUUGGACCUGGCCGGUGACGUUGUCAAGACCAUCUCCAACGCCCUCAACAAGUUGGUAUCCGGAGCUGUGGGUGGACUGGUAUCCUUGCUCAAAGGCGACCUCGUCCAACUUCUUUCCAAGAUUCCAAUCGUUGGACCCAUUGUCAGUGCCCUCAGCAACGCCCUUUCCAGCAUCGCCAGCGUCACCAGCAAGUCCCUCAGCCAACUCUUGGCUGGAGCCAACGACGUCGUCCAAGAUAUUGUGGGAUUGCUCAACAGCCUUCUCCCAGUUCCUCUGCCACUUUUGGGCAACGGUGAUCACUUGAAGCUGGAAGCUUCCAUCGGUUUGGCUGCAGGCGUCUCCGGAGCCGAGUCCCACCUCCUCGCCAACGUCACAAUCAACGUCUGAACGUAAUCGUUUUGUUCCAAGCACUCGCACAAUUAAAAAAAUAAUUAAAAAAAAACGCACUACUAACACGUCC